AUGAAAGUCUUCAUCUUUCAGCAUCAUCACUCCGUUCAGGCUGCAGACAGUCGGGUGACAGGAUGAACCUCCUCAAGUGUUUUCUGCUCCUGUGUGUCGGUUUAGAUCCAUCCUGGGGUGUUUUGUCCCACGCGCUUGCUGUGAGUCAGAGUGCAGACGUUUCUGUCCUGGAGGGAAAGACGGUGAACGUCACUUGCUGCUGGACUGACACUGGCAGCAGAGUCGGCCUGAAAUGGCUGAAAAACCAAACUUUAAUUGAGAAUAAGACCGUCAUGAGUCAGUCCGAAGGCUCUUGGAGGGAGCACCAAAACAAAUGUGAGAAUCUGACGUUGGGAAAUAUUAAGGGAACUGACUCAGGAACGUACAUCUGCAAGGUUAGCGUGGAAAUACCCGUUUUAAUUGAAAGUGAAGGAGCUGGUACGACCAUCAGAGUUACACCCAGAGAGAACCCAGCUGACAGAGCAGACCACCAGACGAGAAACGGGAAGAAGAGGAUAGAAGAAGUAGGUGAAGACAAAGGAAAACCAGUAAAGGACAACAGUAAAACCCACAUUGCAGACAAAGAUAAAGAGAAGGCAGUCAUACACAAAGAGAAAACAACUGACAGACCAAUGAAUCGCAUGGCUAAAGAUAAGGAGAAAACCAGAGAGAAAUGGGGAGAGAGAGAAAACCAACGACCGGCUGACGACGGUUCCCAGGAGCUGCUGUUCACCUUCAUCCUGAGGUCCCUGCCCGUCGUCGCCCUCAUCACUGCUUUCUUUUGGCUCUACUACGUAGGGACUAAAGCCCAGAGAAAAAAAGCAGCUGCUUCUGGAAAUAAAGCGUCUUCGCAACAAAGCACAGAGGACAACCGAGAAGAGACUGUGACUAAAGAAGCAAAAGGGAAACGAACGAAGACCAGGAUGUCUAGUGAUCAUCAUGUUCAUCCAGUAGAGGGCGUGGACUGAACUGCCUAUAUUUCCAUUUAUUUUUACAUUCAGUCUGCCGACCUGUAGGUCUCAGGGAUGUUGGAGCCCAUCUCUAAUAGUCGACGGGUGAGAGGCAGGAUUUCUCCCUGAACUGACCCGGCUACCAGCCCAACAAAGGUCAACACAGACGCAAACUAGACGAAAACAUUCAAACACAACUAAGUGUAAGUUAAAGUAUCCAGUCAACCAAACAUGUAUGGUUGUGGAGGAAGGAAAGAAGCAAGAAAGUAAAAAGUCAUUUAUAAAGUGUCUUUCAAGUGCUUCAACAAACAAAAUAGUAACUACAAACUUACAACAAAUUUGUGUAUGUGCGGGUGAAGGGCUCAGGGCAAAGUGCAAUGUUACUUUUCAACCUCAAAUUGUCAUAAUUUGAGUUUUUCUCUGUGUUCAUUUUGUGUUCUCUGUGUCUCCGUGUUGUCCUGUCUCCCCUUGAU